GGAUUUGAAAUUUUACAGAUUGUUGAGAACUUGCCAGCUGAUGAACAGUAUAAAAGUAAGUGGUUACAGCUUUUAAGUGGAGGAAACACCAAAAAUGAAACUUUUAUAAUUAAGAUUUCUAAUGACAAAAAGUAUAAAUUGCUCAAAUAUAUGGUAAAAAAAUGCUUGGCACCUUUAUUUGAUUCAAUUCCUUCUACUCAAAUCACACUUCAUUCAUGGUCCAAUAUUUAA